UGAAGUGCAAGCCCCUUGCGACGCAAGCCUCGCGAACCACGCGAGCGGCAGACGCAAUGCCCAGUCGCCGGCCAUUUGCUGCCUCUGCGGCGGCAGCCGCCCUGCUGUGCCUGGUACGGAGAGCAGGACAAGGUGGCCGCCUUUUCGCGAGCCCAGCCAAGCCCAUUGGGCCCCCACGGCCCGCGUCCCUGCGUCGGCCAGCGAGGUCGGCGUGGUCGGGUAGUGGUGGCGAGAUCGACGAUGUGCUGCGGUCCGUAUCG